AUUUGUCGACAUUGAUUAUUGUCGUCAUCGUCAUUUGAUCGAUCAAUUCAUUUCACUUGUUUUUGGUUUUUGAAAUUUCUGGUUGAUUUUCACUUUCUAUCGAUUCUAAUUUGGUGAAAAUAAAAAAUCUUUUUUUGUACUUUUAUUUGUAAAAGUGAAACAUUCAACUAUCAACAAAACAAGAAAAAUGAAGAAAAUAAAAAUGGCCAAAUUAACAACAGUCCGUAUAACAUUAAUAAUGUUACAAUUAACAUCAUUAAUUGUGGCUAGUAUAAUUAUAAUUAUAUAUUAUAAUCCAUGGAUUGGUCGUAUUAUUGAUGAAGCUGAACGUUCCGGGAAUACUGGCCGUUCAUUAGCAGAUCAAAUACGUCGUACGGAUAAUGAAGAACUAGUCAUAUUUUUAAUGUCAUCAACAACAAUACUUGUUUCAUUAUUGGGUAUAAUUGGUGCUUUACGUAAUCAUGAGCAUAAUCAUUGUUUGCUCAAUUUUUAUAUGUCAACUUUGAUUAUAUUUUUAUUUGUUGUAUUUGUUGCAUUAUGUGGUACUGUUUGGGAAGUAUUUGGUAAAUUAAAUCAACGUACAAUUAUUGCAAGAGCAACACCAACAACAAUACCAUCAAUGACAACAACAUCGACAAUAUCAUUAAAUGAAUCAUUCCAAAAUAAUAAUAAUGAUGAUGAUGAAAAACAUCAUAAAACUACAACAUUAAAUAAU